AUGAGAUUCACCGUACUUUUUUCGCUUCUAAGUUGUCUUGGAAUAGCUGGAGCACAAUCAUCUUCUACGCUACAAUUUGUAGAGUUUAGAGGCAUACAGAUGGCGUUCCUUAGAGGGGAAUUUAUCCGAAAAAAUUAUGGAAUCUUCUUAGGAGAUGUAUAUAGGCCUUCACAGAUAAGAGUCUGGACUGGCGAGGAUAACCGUACCGUAACCUCUGCUGAAGCCCUUCUUGCUAGCGCUUACAAACCCGACAAAGCCCGCAAGUGGUUAAACACUCUCGACUGGCAACCAGUCGCAAUUACUUUAAACGAUACCCGACUUCCAUUUCCAAAAUGGGCAGAAUCUAUCCGUACCUCUAUUCCUCUAUUCCGCAAUGAGUUCCACAGAAGGAUGAUUGAUGCUCAGAAUGACACGGUUGGAAAAUAUCAUGCUGAGCUGCUUCUCUCCUACAUAGAAGAUCAUAUCAAUCGUCCAAUUAACCAGAAAAAUAAGGCGGUGUUUAUCUCAGGGCAUGACUCAAACUUUAUGGCACUGGGACGCUAUUUCAACAUCACAUCUAUAGCCUAUAAGCUGGUGCCAUACAGUGCUCUUCUUGCAGUUGAGCUGCACUCAAGAAACGGCACACUAUAUGUUGAAACUGUGCCAUAUAGCCGCGAGUUAUAG